GCUUAAUCAGUGAUAUAAAGCAGAUUUUUGGUAUUUAAUGGAAAUCAAACGACAAAGCAAAAAUAUAGGCUCGUACGGGAUUCGUGAAAUGUUCAACAAAACUAAAUCAUUGAGUCUAUUGCGUCACAAUCGACAAAUGAAUCACGUGAGGUAUACGUCACUGAGGCGUGGAAGAAGAAGCUUUAUGACCUUGAUCGUUGUCGUGGCAACCGUGAUUGUUUACGUCACAUCAAGACUGUUUAACAGACGACCUUUACACGUUUUGGUACGCUUCACUGGUCAUCAUAAUGAAAUCAGUGACGGGUUCAGCGUUUUGAUUGAGAACGAUAAUUUUCAAGGUUUUCAGAAACAAAUCUCGAUCAAAGAUAAGUCACAAAGUCAAGCUAAAGAUCAGAUAUUUCCUUUGAAUCCGAAAAUCAUUACGUCAAUAACAAAUGACGUCACGGGCGGUCGUCAGGGAAACAAAUGGAUGCUCAAUCCUGUGAACAAAUGCACGAGUGUGACGCCAUAUCUUCUGAUCCUGAUUGCGUCAAAAGAAAGCAAUAUUGAAGCCCGUGAAGUCAUCAGAAAAACUUGGUGCAAACGGAAAUUGUUUUCUAACAAUAGAAACAUACAAUGCAUUUUCAUGGUCGGGCAAGAUGAAGAAACACAGGGUACUCCGUAUGACGUCAUAGAAGAAUUCAAAAAGAAUCGUGACAUCAUAAAGCAAAAUAUCCCCGACAAUUUCAGAAACUCGAGUCGGAAACUUCUGAUGGGAUUGGGAUGGGUUCGAACUCAUUGCUCAAAAAUAAAAUACGUCAUGAAGACGGAAGAUGACAUCAUCGUUAACAUUGACGUAACAAUGAAUACUUAUCUCAAGCACGAAGUGAAAAAAUAUCUGAUUGGCAGAUGCUGGUCAGAUGCCCCUAACCGAAACACUAAGAGUCGAUUUUUUGUUUCAGAAGAAAUGUUUUACGGAGAUAUGUAUCCUAUGUAUUGUAGCGGUACUGGGUAUAUUAUGUCAGGUGACAUCGCGAGGAGAAUUUACGAUGCAUCACUAGCAGAACAGAAUUUGAUUCCUCUUGAUGACGUCAUGACCGGGGUUUUGCUACAACGGAUGGGGGUUUCUCCGGCUAAUGUACCUGGUUUUCUCGUUGGAAGAUUUGACGAGUCGAACACCUGUUUGAAUUUUAAUGAAGCUGUCACAAUUCAUGCUCAUGGGUUGGAUCUAAGGAGAGUCUGGAACUUGACAAGAAAAUGUACAUGACGUCAUUACUAAGAUGACGUAACGCUGUAUAAACAGCUAAAAAUGCAACAAAAAGCGUACCAGAAAGCUUUAAAACUUCCGGAAAGGUUCAAAAUAUGUGAAAUGAAGAAGUGAUCAUCUGUCACAGUAGAAAGAGAUGUUGCUACCGUGUGUAUUAAAUCAGAAGACUCAGAUUCUGGAUUUGUGGUUUAUUAUGAGGCAGUUCACAGUUAAAAACACUCAAAACAGCAUAAAACAGAGAACACAGGAAAACACGUCCGGCCGCCAGCGCGGCGAUUGGAGAAGAGGCGGGGAACCUUUUUCCUCACGACUCGAUGGGGGUCGGAGUCUCACAGUAACCGGACCCGGAUGAAGUAUAUCCAACUUAGGGGGCCUCGAAAAGCACAUAGGCAAAUAUAAGAAGAAAAACUAAAUUAAAACACACGGAUAAUAAAAUCCGUGACACAUUCACUUAUGCUGAAUCCUCUCUCCGGAAAUUUCGCGCUCAUGGGUAUACUCUCACACAGAAGGUGGCAUCACACCUCAUAAGCAGCUUAAAAAUAAAGGUAAAAUCAUGAAACCAAGAAGAACUGUUAUAGGAACUUAUGGCAAGAUACGUGCAAUGAAGCAGUGAGUCUUUAUCAGCAACACAGAAACUCAGGAAAAUUCAAUUUUUCAAUUCAAGGUUACCAAUGUUGGGUGCAAACCCCAAAUUACGAUUCCAGUCACGUUCAGCAACUUUUAAACUAUUUUCCAACUUUCAAGUCAAAUUUCUCUGAUGGUUAGUCGGGUCAGAGUGAUUCCACUGCGGUUCAUGUAUCCAGCUCAAGCAACCUGCUACAUCGUAAGGAACGCAGAAAGUGAAACUGUUAUUUAGACCAGUGCGCUUCAACCUUUUUGUUAUUGUGGAACCCCUGAUAUAAUUUCUCGCUCUUUAUGGAACCCCAAUUAACAAAAUUAUUAAACAACACGAAAUACUCGUAACACGACAAGCUGAACAACAGCUCUAGUUUUAUAUUACUUACUCUCGAUCAAUAUCUAGUAUCUACAUGCUUUGAACAUCGUGUGACUAUGGUGCAACAAUAGCGUUCCCGUUGGUUGCAUAAAAAUGACUAAAGUGACGCAACAACCGAAAGUAUUUCUGUUUUGUCUACCAACUGCACUGUGACUAAACUUCCUGUUCAACGAACUGGCGGCCUACAUGGAGUUUGAAUGAGACACGGGGGUCUAAGAAUAAUUAUAAUGACGCAUCAACAUGCUGAAACAAGAAAUGAUUUCCCUUGAAAAAAAAAAAAAAAAACGCGGGAACCCUGAGGAACCCAAUUGGUUUUUGCACAAAUAUUAGUCAUUUCC